AUGUUAAACGAUCAAAGGAAGAGCUUCCCUCAAGCAUUUCAGUAUCAAACAUCCGGACCGUCACAACAGCAAGAACUUCAACAACCACCGCAACAACAACUACAGCAGCAGCAGCAGCAGCAGCAACAGCAACAGCAACAGCUUCAGCACAAUGCACAGGAUCAUAUGAGCCCAACAUAUAGGGGAUAUCAGACUCAGUAUGAAGGUGGCCUAGUCGGUGGUAUCGGUCAAGGGAUUUCUAAUAGUUUAAUGCCAAGUUCGGGAUCAGACCAUAGUAUUCAUUCUUUACUCUCGUCACCGUCUAGUAGGAAUCCUUCUCUUUCUGGGUCUAGCUCAUCAUAUUUAACUAUUCCAGAAGAGCUAGCCAGUGACUCAAAUCCAUCGACUGCAUUAAACCCAUCACCUCAAGUUAAGGGUCGUCAUUUACAAACUCAUCAGAGGUCCUUAUCAAGUGGUGUUACUAGCCUCUCUUCGACAUCGACCAUUGGGUCCCCACAGAAUAAACGAAAUUCUAACCCAGUUGCACUGAGUACUCAAAAUGCUUUGCAAGUACAACAGCAGCAGCAACAGCAACAACAACAACAGCAAGCGUAUUAUUCUAAUAGGAACCAUUAUAGUCCAAGACUGUCAGCUAACCAGCAGAGUAAUCCCGCAGGUCCCUACGAGAUACCUUCUAUACAGGGUGCUGUUGGGAAUCCCCAACUAAACCCGGAGUCAUAUUCGGCUGGCUCGAGUAUAGGCGUUCAUGCUCCAAACUCGCCAAGCGUACCUACAACUUAUAAUCAAUACUCAUCACCGAUAAAUAUUGGGACACCUUCGACUCCGAGAAUGUCGGGCAGCCAUAAUCCUUGGGUUUCCCCAAUGGGAACUCCAGUUGGUGGAACGCCAAGUGCAGCUGCAGCAUCAAGGGGCUCGCCUACUCGAUUAUCCAACUCUAUAAUUGGUACUGCUACUAACUCCAAUGUGGUUUACACCUCAGAUUCGGCAUUCCCUCCGCACCAUGGCUCGCCGAGGAGAUCUCCUGUUAGAGGAAGUGGACAGCAAAAUAAUAACGGGCUCUCUUCACUGCGGUUACAAAUGCCACCACCCACUUCUGGACGUGGUUCACAGUCACCUGGCUCACCAAUGAACAUUUCAACACCUCCAGCUCAGUAUCCGCAAUUAUCAGGUUCGUUAACCAAUCCACAGCAUCAAGUAGCAGCAUUCCCAUUUAUGACCCAACAACAAAGUGCAUCUCAGACGAAUUCGCCAGUAAUUGGUAAACCACAGCAUACUUUACAACUCCCGCCGAUAUCGUCUGUUCCAAUUGCACCAGUAUUCAAGCAUAUUCGUAGCAAGUCAGAACUGUCACCAAUAACACAUGCUCAACCUAAAUAUAGGCGUGCUAACCCUGAGGGUGGUUUUAUUAGUCCUCUCAAUGCAUUGACCACGAACUUGGCGUCAACAUAUCACCUGUGCAAUCCAGAAUUCAAUUAUCAGUCAUCCAAAAAUCCCAGAAGAGUUCUUACAAAACCCAGCGAAGGCAAACUGAACAAUGGAUUCGAUAAUUCAGAAAGCGACUAUAUUCUCUAUGUCAAUGAUAUUCUUGGCGUUGAAGAACAGCGACGGUAA